GAUUUAGUGGUAGUAUUGAAUAUUCCUAAUGUUUAUAUAUGAAAGUGAGAUCAUUGUCUAUAUUAAUUCGUCCUAUCUGACAGUGAGCUUUAUAUUAUUUAAGACUUCUGAAGAGCAUAAUUGGCCUGAGAAUAGAGGAACAUAGUUAAUACAAAAAAGAAGCGUUAACACCCGCAUGACCGAUCCAUGCCAUGACGAUUAAGUGCUCCCGCGUUUACCGUUCCUGAACUUCACUCAGUGUUAGGCGUCAAAUCUCAAUCUUUUCAGCUUCGAUGAUCAUGUAGUUAGAAACCAAUAAAGCCAAAUUUCUCUCCUAAAAGAAUCAACGUGACGUUGGUUAGAUACGAAAGCAAGCGGUAAUGGUGCGCGUCGUAAGUUACCAUCGUAUUAACAAGAAUUCUCCGGAGAAUGAUAAACCAGAGUUAAAUGAAAAAAAAGCACCAUCGACUGAUCGGGAAAUAAAUGUAACUAUCUCACCAUGUUUGGUUUCAGUCCAGACAAUCAAAAUGAAAUUUUUGCGUACACAUUGUUUGACAGUUAAACAAAUUAGAAUUAUGUUAGUGCAGAAAGGUUUAGUAAAAAAAUCUAACAAAUUACAGUUGUUGGUGGUUAAUAGCCUAAAUUAUCAACGAUGAAAGUAUUUGGUGACUAGACGAAUGUUAAUCAAAUCCAAUAGCAACUUCGUAAAUGUGUUGAAAUUAGCAUUAUCUUGUGUUCAAAUUAGAAAGUCAGCCAGUCUUAAUCAUCACAAAGUAUCUCCGAAAAACUCUGGUCGUAGCUGUUACUUGGCAUUGAGGAACAGAUGCAUAUCCAAGUCCUCAGUGAGAGAUAUUUUUAGGUCGAGCUAGCAGCCAAUAUUCAAGCCAGACCCCUCCCAGAUUCAUGACUAUGGGAAAAACCUACAAGCCGGGAGAUCUAUUACCUCGCUAACCUAAAUAGCAAAGAUAUCAAUACCUUAGAGAUAGCUGAUAUGCUUAAUGCAAACCAAACCAGGAGUCUGCAGUUGCUGAACACCUCUCAAUCCUUAUACCAGUUGAUAGUUAGGUUGACAUGUUAUAAUGCUCACUGGUCAUAGAGACAGAUUACAAACUUUCAUACCCUAGAAUAUGAGUUUGAGCAAGACUCAAAUGCCCAAUAUAAUAGUCGGAGCGCUCCACGGAGGGGUACUACCGUUCUUGAUCUUUAUAAACGAUCUGAUAGAUAUCAUCAGCUUAGCAGCACCAACCUAUGCAGACAAUGCAAGGAUGUAGAGAUCCAUGUGAAGAGAAACUGAUUCGCUCAAGCUUAAGAAGGACCUUAAAAUAAGAGGGUAACGAACAGUAGAUAAUGGGUUGAAACGUGACUAGUUGGAAUGUCAUGUCAUAAACACUUUGCAUCAAUUGACGCAAAGCAUUUUCACCCUCCAUGGAAAUCCUCUCCCGAUUGUCUCCUCAGGGCAUGAUCUCAGGCUGGCAACCACGGAAAGCCCAGACAGCAACUCAAACUACAUGGGUUGCAGCUAGGUCAAACGCAAAUCUCCACUUCAUGUGAAGACUAUGUGGUGCAAUCACCACGGAGUCUUUCCUAACACCGUUUGAGACGUACUCAUGACCCCAACUUUCAGUUCACAAUUUCAUUGUGUCCUCUCAAAAGAGACAUAAGUCUCUUUGACCAAGUACGUAGACGGGCAACUCGGUGUGAUAGGGCUAAAACGGAAACCUUAUGUGGACAGGCUCUACAUUUGGGAUGCUAUCCCGAAUGAAGUGACUUGACAGAUACGCUCUCACUCAUGGCUUGCCAGUUUUCCUUGUGGACUAGUUGUGUCUGACUCAUGUCUCAUAAAUUACCGUGACUAUCAUUACCACAUGCCGGUAACCACCUCCUGUCUCACUUAUUUUCAUCUCCGUUCCCCCUCUUGUCCUUUCGACUUCGUUUUCGUACACACUACGAAUUACGUAGAUUACUUACUUAUGCUUGAAGCAAUCGUCUCCUCACAGCACUGGAAUUAUCACGUGGUAAUCUUCACAUUGUGACCAACCAACCUCCUAUUUGGUGAUGUGAUAACUGCUGGUAUCCGGGAUGCCUACUGUCCUGAGACAACCACACCCACUCAAAUUUCAAGAUAUGCAAAUCCACAAAUAUCUGUCUAAGUGACUAGAAUUGGUGCAGUCGAGUGGCUAGACCACCAUACAUUGGACAUCACCAUAUACCGGGAACCGUAGUGAAACAGCAAGAGGUGAGUGCGAAGAAAUCCAUCGAUUUAAACAAGUUGACCUCAAAUAUAUUGAUAUUGUAGGUAUAUGCACAUACCACAAAUGAAGCCUUUAAACGCAACCUAGCAUAUGAAGUUAAAUUUUUCUCCGUCUUUCUCCUAAAUUUGAACAUAUAGGUCUGUGCUUAAACGAACGGUUAAUUCACCCAAGCUUGUUAUGAGACAUUUUGUCUCGAUUUAUAACCUCUUGCCCUUGAAUUGAACGACCACAUUAAGUUUGACCUUGGUUGCUUAUUCUGUGUGGCAGAUGCGUGUGCAUCCUUCUCGGUUAGUUCGACUAUCUUUAAUCUCCCUACUAUUCCUACUUUGUAUCGCUAUUAUAUAUAAUAAAUAUUUGGAUAAGACGCUAUCUGGACCUCAUUCUAUAAGCCAACUUAUCCGGAAUCAAGAUUUUGCAAGUGUACACAAUGUAAAGCCAUUUAAAAUAGACUGGGAAAACUACUCACUUACUGCGCUUGAAAGUUCGAGAGUGGGACCUGGAGAGAACGGCAUGGCUUUCGAACUAUCCCCUCUCGAUAGAGAACUAUCCAAUAAAACUAUAAAUGAGAACGGUUUUAGUGUGUAUGUUAAUGGGAAAAUCAAAACAGAUAGAUCUAUUAAAGAUAUCCGCCAUCCACGUUGUAAAGGAAAACUAUAUUCCAGCAACCUUCCUACUGCUUCAGUGAUUAUCCCUUUUUUUGAAGAGCAUUGGGAGUCUCUCCUACGCACAGUCGCAUCUGUUUUGAAUCGAGCUCCUUCAGGACUAAUCAAGGAAAUAAUUUUGGUUGAUGAUGGAGGCUCACGAAAAUAUCUGAAAGAUGAACUUGAUAAUCAUCUUGCAACUGCGUAUCCAAGUGGUAUAGUACGUGUAAUUCACCUGGAACAGAGGGAGGUCUUAUUCGAGCGAAAACAGCAGGCGCCAGAGAAGCUACUGGAGAAGUGCUCAUUUUUCUGGAUUCUCAUUGUGAAGCAGGAAUAAACUGGCUUCCGCCGCUACUUGAUCCGAUUGCUGCGAACUACAAAACUGUUGUUUGUCCGUUUAUUGAUGUAAUAGAUGCAGAUACUUUUGAAUAUCGUGCACAAGAUGAAGGGGCUCGGGGAGCAUUUGGCUGGGAGUUGUACUACAAGCGCCUUCCACGAUUACCAGAAGAUAGAUAUCAUCCUGAGGAGCCUUUUGACAGUCUAGUGAUGGCAGGAGGUCUGUUUGCUAUCAGUGCGAAAUGGUUCUGGGAACUUGGAGGCUAUGAUCCUGGUCUUGUUAUUUGGGGUGGAGAGCAAUACGAGUUAUCGUUCAAGAUUUGGAUGUGUGGAGGGCGUAUGAUUGAUGCCCCGUGUUCUAGAAUAGGCCAUAUAUAUCGUAAAUACUCAACUAACUUUCCGAAAGCAGAAUUUGGGGACUUUGUUGGUCGUAAUUACAAGUGAGUGAAACCGUUGUAUUAUUUUACUGACUAUCUAGGACAUGGUCUACGGUAUUUUCCGUUGAAUUUUUAAGUUUAUUUCUAACAUUCGAUAACAUUAUAGUUUAAGACAAAGUACACUGAUUUGUACAAAAUCGACAUAUAUUUUACUUCGCUCUUUGAAUUUUUUGUGUAAUUUUGACCGCACAUUUAUGAUUCGCGUACUCAAUUGAAAUCUAAGAAAAUUUCUUUACUGGAGUUCAGAUUCAUGCAUUUUCUAUAAGAAGUGGUGACACUACCUAACUCUUCGGUGAUAUAUGUUGGCUAAAUCCAUACUUUCAGCUUAAUAGUCGCAAAACCAACUUUCCCCUAAUUUUCAACUACAUGACGGCUUUAGUGUCUCUCAUGUCUUAUCAGAACAAAUUUUUGUGUCCUUAUUUUUAGUUAACUACAACACAAACCGAUCAGUUGACUAUAUACCAAGGAUAGGAUUUAAUCACCUCAGACUGGUGCAAUUUGUAAACAAGAAAUGUGCAGGUAAAAUACUAAUUAAACUUAGACAAUAAGUUGUUCAGUUUUGAAAGUGAUGACACAAUUAAAAAUGAAUUUCACCCACAUGGUCUAGCGUGGCCAGCGGUCGAUCACUGCUAUCAUUGUGGAUUCAGGUUAGGAUCCAGAUAAGUAUAAAUGGAUUUAAAUUAAUAUCGUAUCCCACCACUAUACGGUCAGAAGUGUAAUGUUGAAUAUGACUAGAAAAUGCUGUUUUACAUGACUACUCAAAGUUUUCUGUUGCCAUUAAGUAAAACAUUUAGUUAAGUCAUUAGCAAGUUUUGUAUCACACGUCACAUUAAUAGAAAAUAUCGCAACCUAAAGUGGUGGAUAAAUAUGGAUAAGGCAGUAACUACCACGAUUGAAAAGUCGGGAAACACAUUUUCACCUACAGAAUAUAUCUGGACGCAUAAAAAUCAUCAUUUUGACCCAGGACACUUCAAUAAGAGCUUCAUUAUGCAAAUUAGUUUGGGUAGUCAAUUUGAUAGGCUGAUCUUUUUAUUUCGUGUAACAUGCUAACCUGAGUAACUUAAGUGUGGUCAAUAUCUACAUAACUUCAUGAAAGUAGAAUUAUGGACUUUUUGGUGAAGUAAGUAAUUGAAAUAACUGUGUUGUAUUUCCACUAACAUCUGGGACCUUGUAUACAUUAGAUUUGUUGCAUAGUAUCAGUCGACAUUGAGUUAAAAUACUCAAAUAAAUGACCCCUGAUUUACUCAGAGAACAAAUGUUUUUUGGAAAUUCCCAAAGUAGCCAGUUCGAUAAUAUGCUGUUCUCCUUCACUACAUAUCUGGUUAGCUUAAAUAAAUCUAGAGGAUGAUGAAUCAUCCUCAUACUUUCACCUUAGAUCAUUCGUGUGUAUGAAAAUAUGACCGAACUACUUGUACAGUGUGGCUGACUGACUGACUUACCACCUUUGACCUAACCACUCCUAUGAAUCCGGUGUUCAUCUUACUGUGCUAAUGAGGUAUGGCAACCUGGACCGAUGCACAUAUGUGCCUGGUCCUACGUUGUAGCUGACUGACUGACUUGUACAGUGUGACUAGAUGCUAGUAGUAAUUAAAAGAUAUGGUGAGUGAAACAUCAGUUCUUAUAAUUUGGUAAAUAUCGACUGCACUGUCUACUCGUUCUGGUAUUUUAUUCCGUAUCAGCCCGAAAGUGACAAAGGUGAAAGCUGGUCUGCGCGAUUGAUAAGAAUGUUAGCUUUCAAUAAACCCUAUAAUUGUUUUCAGUCCUUCAGACUGAGUACUUUGGAAAAAAUGUUAAAAAUAUGACUACGAAGCUGAUUAGUUCUCUGUUGUUUCAGUUGUGGAAACUAUAGGACAGCAAACAAGUUCCCUCAAAUCUCUUCAAAGUAAUAGAGUUUUGUCUGCUUUUAUAGGUAGUAACGAGGGGAUUUUAAGGUUUGAAAUAGUCUGGAUUUACAAUCCACUCAACCAGGUUGACCACAUAUAGGUUUACAACAACUUGUGCUAUUUAACAUACCUAAACAAAUUGAGUCAUUAGGAAACUUGAAUAAUCAUUUUCUCGUCUCUAUAUGAAUCUAGGUGGUAAAAAGUGAACUCAGUAUCACCAGACAGCAUAGAAUAUUAAUGCCAUAGGUGGGAAUUCUAUGCGUUAAAAUCUAUGAUUUACUCUUGCUGCUUUGUAAAUAGUCAUCUAUAUCCAAGUCCAAUCUUUUGUUUAGGUGGUCAGAAUCCAGUCUUCGAUGUAAGAUAGAUAAAGUUGCGAAACUCUGUUUACAGCAAUCAUCUGUCAGUGUCCGAUGUUCGGUUCAACAGAUUUACCAUUCGAAAUACCUGGGAAAACCAAGUUUAAUUCACCUUAUAAAAGCACCAUCUCAGUCCAAAGAAUUUGUGGGACUGAGUAUAAUAUUCGGAGAUGACGAAAAGCUUUAAUUUAAGGUUUGAAAACUUAUUUAGUAUCGUAAUGAGAAAUGAUAUGCGAAAACUAUUCUUUACAUAGUACUGUUUUUAAGGAAUAAAAUAAUACAAAGCCAAGUACUUUUUUGUGUCAGAGAAAUGAAAAGAAUUGUUUUCAUUUCUUCCUCCUCACUUCAAUUGUUUACUGUGUCAUUUAUUAACUUGGUGGUCAGCUGUAAUAACUUAAGUCGAAGUACUGGGAUUAACAUAAAUUUAAUCAAUCAACAUCAAAUAAUCUGUAAAAAUUCAAAAGAUCCAGUAUUUAUAGCUUAUAGCGACUGAAACCUUACACUACUAACUUCUUGUUUCAAUUACUAAGGUUCCUUAAUCUCAUGCUCGUGUUACCCCUGAUUGAUGUCAUGUGCUCUCGUUUUCAAGUGUAAUUGCAUUUCAUGCAAUUACUGAGUUGUCGGCUCAUUUUUUCUCUCGUUCUUUUUUCUUUCAGAUGAUCUCACUUACUGCUCCUAACACCUUCAAGACAAGAUACCUUCAGACUAGACACAAACCUACCAAAGGCUAAAUGUUAUAAUAUCAUUGCGAGGCUACCUAAUUUUUCGAAGAUUCAAGAGACAUAGAUUUAACAUAGUCCCUUGUUUAUCAGAUUGAGGUUCCAAUUUUUGCUUUUUUCUUGUCUCUGAAUAAUCAGAGACCUAAGUAUUACUGUCUCUUUGACGUGCAAAGCUAAAUGUAAUUAUCAUACCCUGAGGCCAGAUAGAUCUAUUGAAAAACCAGUUUAAAGGAUUAGGUUUUAAAUGGACAAAGUAAAAUAUAUGAGACUGGUUAAAUAUGACUAUCACGUUAUAAGGUUCUAUCGUGCUGUAAAAAGAUCUAUUUUUAGUAGAGACACUUUCAACAGAGUUACUCAGUCUGUGUAUACUGCCAACAUGUCAUUUAAAAAUAUUUUUUAGAGUUGAAAGUUAAGUCAACGUUAUCACCUAACUCUGAAAUCAAGACAGUUAUCACCAAAGAGCUGAUUCAUCAUCCUCUUCGUGCAUUGCCCCAUAUAUUUACAUCAUCUGAAGUAAGGAUCUUGAAAAAUACUUUGUGGUAGGUCGUUCAUGUUUAUUAGUAGUGGCUGUAAUCUCUUCAAUAUUUUUUUAGCAAAUCUGAUCAAUGGCACUAUUGAACAAAACAACUCUCCAUGUAUUAAAUGUAAUACAUCCCUUUAUAAUGAAGUGCCAUUCAAAUUACAGUCGGUAUUCCUUGUACUCAAACGUAUUUUAAACAUUCAGCUAAUGAAUACAAUGGAUGAGUAUAAGACUGAAAGGAAUCUAGAGGCUGGUGAUUCUGUAUUGAUGUUAUUUCCAAUUAUAUAUUGAGUUAAAUGAAAUGAUUUUGAAUGACACCCAGAGUUUUCAUAUUUGAAAGUUCUAAUUGUGAGAUGUAAAUGAUUGGAGAUCAGAGGAUUGGUUUUUAGCCCAUUCUCAAUAAACACAGUUUACCCAAACUACUUGCAAACGUGUUCAAAUAAGUUUUCGUCACUAUUUAUGGAUUGUAGUUUUUAUUUGUUAAAUUGCCUCAUAGUUCCACGUCUCGUUGUCUAAUAUCAUUUUUAGUAGUGUUUAACAAAAAAUGGAUCCAGUCCUGACACCAGAAAUGAUACAUAUCGGACCUCGCCAUUAUAGGAAAAAUGCAUCAAAGCAAUGUUUUGUUCAGUCCUUUCCUACGUCCAUUAGUCAAAUCGAAGAGGUUCCAGAUGUUGAAGAAGUAGAUAUAGAUGAAAAUGAUCCAGAAACUAUGGAAAUAAACAGGAAAAUUAUGGUUCCACCGUUAUUUCACAAGUUCAUUGUUGGUGUUCAACACUCAAAAAAAAAACUGUUAGAAGACGAAUUUCGUUGUUACAUUGAUAUCCCGAAUUCUGGUUCUAGUUCUUCAAUGGUCUCUGUUACUGCGACGUCAAGAUUUAACGUUUUAAAUGCAUGUCGUCGUAUUCUCUGGAUAGUGACUGAUGCACGUAAUCGGUGUCAACCAACUCAUUUCAUUUGUUUACCAGUUACUUGUCCAACCGUUAAAGAUAAUUUUCAGACAUUCAAACAGUCUGUUUUACAAGCUGCUAGUGAAUGUUCUCAUGAUUUCAUGGGCGUGGAUAGUUCUAUCUUUCAUUCAGUGUCUACGUUACACUUCACUUUGGUAACUCUUGUGUUGGCUGAUGAAUCCGAAGUUGAAAAAGCAUGUGAAAUAUUAACGACUUUCUACAAAUCUCAAAGAGGUAUUCAGUUGUUUGCAUCUGGUCCUCUCCAACUAACUAUUAAAGACCUUGAAUAUAUGAAUGACGACCCUACUUCUGUACAUGUACUUUAUGCAAAGCUGAUGGAAUCAUCAGAUUCACAAAGACUACAAACAAUUGCUAAUGAACUAUUGAAUCUACUUACUGAACAAAAUCUAACCAGCACUGGGUCAUAUCGUCCGGAUAAUAAUGUAAAAUUACAUAUGACUUUACUUAAUUCUAAGUAUCGUCAGGAAAAAAGCAAUCGUGACGCUUCAUUUCAAGGUUUCUCACCUAAUACUCGUACAUCGUUCAGCAUAACCGGGAUUUUAAAAAUUGCAGGAAAUUUUUACUUUACUGAAAAUCAGUCUUUUCAUCAAAUUUGUUUGUGUGAUCGUUUGUCAUUUGAUUCUUCAACCCAGUUUUAUAAAUGCUGUUGUAAGCUAAAGUUCACUACUGAUGGUAUCCAUUGUUCUCACAUGAAUAAAAUGUGAAUAGCUUUAAUUUGAAAUAUUUCAGUUUAAGUCUUUCAUCUACAUUUUAUGAUUUGUGUAUUCUGAAAAUCCGACUUCCCAGAUUACUUCUUGAGUUAUUUGAUGACAGUUUGAUAACAACACUAUCUCAUACUGUGUACAGUUUUAUUUUAUAUCACUGUUCUCUUCAGUUGCACAAUCUUUCUAUGUAACCGCGAUGUUUCAGAAAAGUAAUUACUCGAAUACAUAAUCAGUUUUCUAUUUCUUCAGUUUGUCAUUCCUCAUAAAAACUGCACUACCAUUUCUAAUAAUAACAGGUUUUUUUCUGAUUGUAGAUAGGUAAUAUUAGCUAAUUGUGUCUACAAUCAAGAUUUUCCUUCAAACAUAUUGUUUAUUUUAUAAAAUUAAGUCUACAUGACUGAAUGAUCGGAUCAACUCCAGUUAUUCUACUCGUAGUUGAGUAACUCAAAAUAAAAUACUAUUAUUAGUUCAUUUUAAUAAAAAGUUGUCGAUAGAAUACAAGGAAUUAUUUUAGUUUUCGAAGUUAUUCUUCAAUGUUAAUUAAUCUUAGUAUCUUGCUUUAAAUUAGAAUUUGAUUCUGUUUGAUUAACAGCGCACGUGGGUCAGACAAGUUGAUUGUGUACAUUUUUAACUUUCAUAUAAUUUAAGUCAUGAAACUUAAUAGUAGUUAAUAUAGGGUGGUUGUAAAAAUUGUUGAAUUUCAUAACAUCCAAUGAUCUAAGAUAAUUACUGAAAACUAGUUAGCAUUAGACAGCUGUUCCAUUCUACAAUGGGAUUCCUAAGCUGUGUAUGUACACGAGCUCCAGUCCUAGACCUUCAGGUCUCGCGACAAGCGCCUAACCUUGGUGAAGUUGUGCAUACUCACUGUUGAGUAAUUUUAUGUUAGAACGAUACAGUUAUUCAUAACUUCCGGGCUUUCAAUGGUUGUUUGAAUAAGUUCAGUUCACGAUGUAAUUUCAGCUAACAGAUGUACUAGCACUGAUAGACUAUUCACCUCUUGAUUUUCAUGUCUCGGCAUCCCAUCAACCUUUCUAAUAAAUCGAAUUCAGUGAUGAUGUAUAUUAUUUGUCUUAACUAAAUUGCUUUUGUUAUUAUCUAG